UGCUUUUAAACGAUUUAUUUAGACGGAGGAGGAGGUGGAGAGGUGAAGGAGUUAUUGCGAGUGCGAGAAACCGAAACCGAGCAGCGGAGCAGAGCGGAGCUCAGGCUCAGCACCCACACGAACUCCGAAGGCCGAACCCACUUCAAAUAUUCCUUGAACUCAACAUCAGACCAACCUUCUCUGCUUCUCGCUCUGCUUGUUUGCUCUUCUCUCUGCCUGCGUUAGCCUUUCAAUCUUCUUGCUUACUGAUCCAUCGGCUUGAUCGGUCGAUGGAUUUCUUCUGAAACCCGGUGGACGUCACGGGCGAGAUUGUCUUUUUCUUAAGGCGCUCUCUCUUAUUAGAUAAGAGUACUCGCUGCUCUUAUCACCUUUUCUUCAUUUCAAGCUCCGUUUUCUCAGUAAGAUAGAUAAAUAGAGAUUCCGAUUCUUCAUUCGGGAGAAUCUCGUGAUUCGUGCUUCGAUCCCCUCUCCUCUCCAUCGAAUUCGCAGUUGAAAAAAAGAACGAAACUUUCGGUUCGGUUUUGGUCUGAUUGAUGGCAUCACCUCUGAUCUCGAAUCCCGAAGCCAACUCCGACAGAUCGAGAGAGUCGAAAAAGAAGAAGAGGAAGAAAACCGCAAAUCAGAACAACCAAGACCAUACCAAAUGGAAGAACCGUGCGGAACAACAGGUUUACUCCUCGAAGCUUCUAGAAGCUCUGCGUCAAGUGCGCCGGAAUCAAUCACCGGCGUCGGGCUCUUCCUCGGAGGUCCCUCUUCGUGGCCGAGCUGUACGCGAGGCCGCCGACCGAGUCCUGGCCGUCGCGGCCAAAGGGCGAACGCGAUGGAGCAGAGCCAUCCUAACGAACCGGUUGAAGAUGAAGUUGAAGAAGAAGAAGCCCAGGGUGGCGGUCACCGGCAACCCUCGGUCGAAGAAGCAUGGAGUUAGCAUUCUCCGUUUGAAAGAGAAGAGAUUACCGGCGUUGCAACGAAGGGUGCAUGUACUCGGACGGUUAGUUCCCGGUUGCCGGAAACUCUCGUUUCCAGACCUCCUAGAAGAAGCUACGGAUUACAUUGCUGCCUUGGAGAUGCAGGUCAGAGCCAUGACCGCUCUGACCGAGCUUCUCUCUGUCACCGGCAACGGCCCUGGCACCGAGUUUAGCUCGAACCGGCCCACGCCGAGUUGACCACGAACCAACGGCUUAACAUGCCAGGUGUCCUCCUUUUCCUCGUUCUUUCUUUCUCUCUUUCUCUCUCUCUCCCCCCCCCUCCCUUUUUUGUCUUUUCUAAUGUUUCCUGAUUUUUUUCCUUAAAAAAAAUUCAUGUAUUCUAUUGUAUACAGGUCCUCUUUUGCUUUUUUCCCUCUCCUUUCGAGCUCCAACUCCAUUAUUUAUCGGAGAAUUUUUAUUCUUCUUUUUAA